AUGUGUGCUGCUGCGAUUUCCCAGAUGGAUUCGGGCGGAUCAACGGUGGUGGUUACUUUUCGCGCGGAUAGGGCUUUUGAAGACGAAAACAGUGAAGGAAUUGGCCGUUGUUUGUUGAGAUUUCUUUAUAUGUCACUUUCUGGAUUCGAGAUGACAGUGGAAAAAUUACCACCGAAUGAAUUUGUAGUUAAGGUACGCAGAGGCCGUAUGGAUCGGCCAGUUUACAUGAAGAGAAGAGCCAUUAUGAUAUUCAAUCCUGAUCAAAAAGACAUUACUUUUUCAUACGAUAAUUGUUGCACUAUAUUAAAAACGAAGUUCAUAUCGCAAGUGCCUUGGUCACCGCCACGAGGAUGCACACUGCGAUUCAUGUCAGACACUCGAAAUGAGGAGGAAAUGAUUUUAGAAUUUGAAGAUCAUGGAAAACUGAUGGAAGCAUACUCUAUUUUAAAGAGCAGAUAUUUAGAACGAUCGCAAUUUGUUUUUUCGAGUGAACCGCACAGUAGUCGAGGCUUGCAUACAACUACUGAGGAAAGCGCAGUGGAAAGACCUGCUGAUAUCGAAACACCUUUAAUGGUUAUGGAUUCUCGACGAAGUCACGUUAAAGACCACAUGUUCGAGCGUCUGUCAUUUUCGCCGCCAAGUGAAAAACGAUCUAGGCAGUCUGAACCACCAAGUGAGAUGAAAACAAAACAUAUAAAACCGUCUCUUCUAGUGGAACGCGUAGAAUUGUCGCCGUCGACAGACCGUCUAAAAUUCUCAUCGCUACAAUCCGAAGAAUCAGAGAAGAUUAAGAGAGAGCAUGACCCGACUUUUGCCGAAUACUACAAGGAGGGAUUUUCUCCAGUGCAGUUGACACCAGCAAUAUGCACUCCGGAUAAUUAUAAAAUGGAUGAUUACAUCAUUAAGCCAACUACUUCGAAAGAAAAAAUCUCUGGAUUUGCUAAUCUCGGCAACACGUGUUACAUGAAUGCGAUGCUGCAGGGACUGUUUGCUAUGGAUAUUUUCACCAGAGAUCUUUUCAAGUUUUGUAAGAAGGUUCAGAGUCGUAAAAUAAAUUUGGAUGAAGUAAUGCCAAUGAGCUUAGCACUUUCGAGUCUUGCAAGCGUUCGGGAUAGACCGUUAUGUCUUCAAAAACAAGAACUGUUGAAAGCAGUAAAAGAUGUGUCAUGUUUUAAAGGCAGCGCUCAGCAGGAUGCCAAUGAAUUCUUGGUCCAUGUACUCAAUCAAAUUCACGAUGAAUGCGAUAAGGUAUUGCGUGGGCAAUAUGGAAUUACAGAUACCACGGAAAGACGCAUACGAAAUCCAGUAAUGGCAAACUUUGGUUUCACUACGCAAAGCACUAUUAUCUGUGAUACGUGUCAUCAUGUCUCACAAGUUGAUGAAGAUAGCAUCAUUUUGCCAGUUACUAUCAGCGUUUUGGAUCAAGCAAGUGAACGGUUUUCGAAAAAAUUUUUACGUUUUCCAAACGUACAGACGCUGUUGGAUGAGUUUUUGAAGACGGAAAACGUAGAGAGGAACUGCGAACUUUGUCAAGGAAAAAGUGGACAAAGGACACAGAAAUUCGUUCAACUUCCACGAUGUCUCAUAAUACUCAUAAAACGUUAUGCUUAUGAUGUAUCGAAAAGUGUGAAACGUAAGGAUAAGAUUGAUAUUCCCUUAUAUCUGACUUUAAAUGGACAUUGCACUGAGUCAUCAGUUCCAUUUCUCGCCGUACCACCAAGUACAAAAAAGAUCGAUUUCGCAACUGCGAGUCCAAUCAAAACAAAGCUAUUAGGAACAUCAACUAAUUCACCUUCACCGGCUAGAAGACGCCUAUAUUUAUCAGAUGUACAAACCAGUUAUGAUACUCGAAAAGCCAGUACUGCAGAGGAAAUACAUCCUGCGAUAACAAGUCUCUAUGAUCGUUCUAUGGAUUACAGAACAAUGCAAAGUAACAUAGCUGCGAAUCACGAUGUGGAUUUUGUUGUUCCUGAUACUGGUUCGAGCAUCAAGGGCGAAGAUCAAAUAAUUGAGAACUUUGUUGUACCACGCAGCUCACCGGAAGAUUUUAAGAGACCGAGGUCACCGAGAAGCAUAACAUGCGAAGAAUUAAGCCGUAUGACCGAAGAAGAGCAACUGAAAGUGAUUUGUGAGCGGAGUUUAUUACAGACGAAGUUUGUGAUUAAUGAGAAUAAAUCAAGUGAUUCAUCAUCUAUGUCUCUUGAAUUUCCCGAAGUCGAGGCCGAAGAAGAGGAGGACGAAGCAGAAGUGCCACGUGCGCAGACUGAUGAUAUUUACAGCUCUCGUAAAGAGAAGUCAGGGGACAAGUUAAAUCCAGAUAUAAGAUUAUCUGAGGAAAUAGGAAAUGAGCGAGUUGGAAGAAGUGGGCAAGAAGUCCAAUCUGUUAGCCUUCAGGAAGAAGAAAAUAGUAAUGAGAAUCGUGCCGAACCUAAUAGUGGAGCUGAGCUUGGAAUUGCAAGUGUUAUUAGAGGAAUGUCCAUGGAGGAAAGAGUAAUAGUUAAUGCUGAUAUGAACGCUGAACGAAUUAAGCAAGAUAACUGCGAAACAAAGUCUGGAGCUGCUAAAGAAAGCUACGUGAAGCCUCUCACAAAAUCACCAGUCGCCUAUGAACUAGUGGAAGAACAAAGAUCGGAGAAUUAUGCUAUUAAAGAAAUUGUGGCGAAAAAUUUCGAUGUGUUACACUUGUCACAGAGGGAAACAAAAAUUCCAGCACAAGAUGUGCAAAGAGCUAUUGAAAACAAAAGAGAGUCAACUAGACCGUCCACACCUGUUCCUCCUAACACUCCAACCGGUAUGACCGAACAAGAUCAAGAAAAAAUGCCGGGCGUGAAUCUAUCCAUUGAUGAUGAUGAUGAUAGAGAAAUUUUGGAGGAGUCCGGCGUGCAAGUAAUACCGUAUAAACCAAUGUCUGUUGAAAAGCGACGUGCUGUUUGUUCUCAAAUUGGUUUACUCUUCAAUUACGAUUGCAUUGAAAAAACCGUUGUUCGCGUAAUGAAUCCAAAUGAUCGUCCAUCUCGAGUUGCUAGUAUUGUUGGUGAUGGCAAUUGCCUAUUCCGAGCACUGGCUUUUUACUUCGCUGGCAGUGAUAUCGAACAUUCGAGACUCAGUUUUGCAAUGCAAAAUGAUUAUGGUUUCGUAGAUGAUAUAAAUAUGAAGAUUGUUGAAUUUGAAGCGGAGCACUGGAAUGAAUUUGCUUCUUUGAAAGGCUGGUCAUCAGAUGUUUGGAAUGAUCACAUGGAUCAUUUGUUAACCGAUAAUACAUGGGGCGGUGAUAUUGAACUUUUCGCAGUCGCAGCAAUGCUAAAUGUUGAUGUGUGGACGUAUUAUGAUCAACGAUGGAUUUGCUACCGGCCAAGAUUCAAAGUCCAAGAUGGUGAUGUUAUACCUAUAUCAGUUAAGGACCAUCGUGCAGGUAAUAACGACGGUAUAUAUUUACUGAAUGAAUUCAAUCACUAUACACCGGUGCUUGAACCUUCGAAUGCACUUCUCCUGAUGGAAGGUGCUGACGAGCGAAUUUGUGAUCUAGUUGUAAACGCCAAUUUUAGAACUAACAUGGAUUUCUGUAAUGGAUGUUUUUUCAUUAAGGAAGGUUUCAUGAAGCCGUCUUAUCGGCUUGUAUCAGUUAUCAGUCAUAUCGGUGACAAAAGCGAAAGCGGCCAUUACAUAUGUGAUAUUUGGUGCAAAAAAAAUAAAAGCUGGCUGCAGUGUAAUGAUGAAGACGUUUUGGCGAUCAGCGAAACAAGGGUACGGGCCAGGAAUAAUGUUGGAUAUAUCUAUUUUUAUCUUAAUAGCGCUUAUAAUGCCAUGUUUUUACCUGCUUUCGGAUUAGAGUUGCUUCUGUUUCAAAUCACAACAAAGCAACACAUUUUCCAGGAAGGGGUACUCCCCGCUAAACUAAUGGCUUCUGCUUCAACGAAACGAUUGAUUGCUAUCAUUACAGGUGCAAGUUCUGGGAUUGGUAAAGCAACAGCAGAAUAUUUUGCUGCGAAGGGCUACAAUUUAUCAUUGAGUGGUCGAAAUGAAAAGGCGCUCGAAACAACUGUUAACAAUUGCAUUACGAAAGGCUUAGGCAAAGAUUUGGUAUCAUUGGAUAAUAAUUUUAAUAUAUUUGAUUACGGCAAUAUUUCUUGCGGAUUAAUUCUGACUACUUUGGGAGAUUUAACGGAUGAGAAAGUUGCAACGGCUUUGAUCGAGCGUACAGUGGAAAAAUUUGGACGAAUUGACUCGCUGAUUAAUGCUGCAGGAAUUCUAGUUAACGGAAAAGUAAUGGACUGUUCUAUGGAAGAUUACGACUAUCUGAUGGAUGUAAAUCUUCGAAGUGUUAUUCAAUUAACGCGGAAAGCCAUACCAUAUCUUAUUAAAACGAAAGGUUCAAUUGUGAACUUUGGUGGUGUAACAUUCUAUUGCAUAUCAAAAGCAGGACUGGAUCAGUUCACAAAAUGUCUGGCGCUUGAGUUGGGUCCUGAAGGAGUCAGGGUUAAUUCCGUAAAUCCUGGUAUAAUCAUCACCGAUAUACACAAAAGAUCCGGUAUGAAUGAUAAGGAUUAUCAUGAGUUUCUUGAUCGAACAGCUAAAUUUGCCGCACUGGGUAAAACUGGGAGAACUGUGGAUGUUGCUAGAGCUAUUUAUUUCCUAGCAAGCGAUGAAUCUUCAUUUAUUACGGGUGAUCUGCUUAGAAUUGAUGGUGGACGAGGCAUUAUGCAUUUAAGAUAG